GUCUUGGGGUGGCGGGUUGCGGCUGGCGCCUGGGUGAGCCCGCUGCCGCCCCGUCAAGGCCAGUUCCGGAGUCCUCCGUUUCUUCCAGCCUCGGGGCCAAGACGCGGGACAGCGCAGCACCCGUGCCCCGGCAUGGCGACCCCAGACGCGGCGCCCCUUCGGGCUGGGAGCGCGGGGCCUGCGCCCUGGGCGCAGCUGGAGGCCCCCGCUCGCCUCCUGCUCCAGGCGCUGCAGGCGGGGCCCGAGGGGGCGCGGCGCGGCCUCGGGGUGCUGCGGGCGCUGGGCAGCCGCGGCAGGAAGCCCUUCGACUGGGGCCCCUUCCUCGAGGCGCUGUGCCGGGAGGAGCCGGUCGUGCAGGGACCCGAAGGCCGCUUGGAGCUGAAACCACUGUUGUUGCGGUUGUCCCCAUUAUGCCAGAGGAACCUGAUGUCCCUGCUGAUGGCUGUUCGGCCAUCACUGCCUGAAAGCGGGCUCCUCUCUGUACUGCAGAUUGCCCAGCAGGACCCAGUCUCUGACCCUGAUGUCUGGCUCCAGGCCCAGGGGGAGAUGCUGCGAAGGGACCUAGGGUUUGGGGUCUCCACUGAAGCAGCCUCCCCACUGUCCAAAAGGUGCCAGAGACAGCUCCAAGGCCUGUGUAGGCAGCUGGGCCAGGGGGGCAGGAGGUUGAAAUUGCCCAAGGCUCCAGACCCUGAAGAAGAAGAGGAGGACAGGGACUCCCAGCAGCCUAGGAAACGCAGAAAGGAGCCAGAGGAAGAGCCUGCCAGUCCUGGGGAGAGGGCCCCCAAAAGGUUCCGGUGUUUGGAAAGGGAAGAAGAGGAAGAAGAAGAUCAUGGGGAAGAGAGGCCUGAACAUGAGUCAUUAGAAUCCCUGGAAGAUGGAGGAGGUACAUCACCCAUUAAGAACCAGCCCAUCAUGGGAACAGAGACCAGUGAGGCUGGUCAGAGUCUGGAGGAUGCUCAGGGCCCAGCUGAGAGCUUGGAGUUGCCCAAAGCUAUCCAGGACCAGAUUCCCAGGCUGCUGCAGCUACUGAAGACCUUCGGGGAGGGGUUGGAGGGGUUGGAGGACACCCCCCCAGCUGAGCUGCAGCUUCUCCACGAAUGCAGUCCCAGCCAGCAGAUGGACCUGCUGUGUGCUCAGCUGCAGCUCCCCCAGCUCUCAGACACAGGUCUUCUGCAGUUCUGCACCUGGCUGCUGGCCCUUUCGCCAGAUCUUGGCUUCAGCAAUGCUACUGUGCUGACCAGGAGCCUCUUUCUUGGACGGAUCCUCUCCCUGACUGCCUCAGCCUCCCGUCUGCUCAUGACUGCCCUGACCUCCUUCUGUGCCAAGUAUACCUACCCUGUCUGCAGAGCCCUCCUUGGCCCUGUGCUCCAGGCCCCAGGCACAGGUCCAGCUCAAGUGGAGUUACUGUGUUGCCUUAUGAAGGACGAGUCCCUGGAGCCAGACACACAGGUUCUAAUGCUGUGCCAGAUUUUGGAGCUUCCCUGGAAGGAGGAGACUUUCUUGGUAUUGCAAUCACUAUUGGAGCGGCAGGUGGAGAUGACCCCUGAGAAGUUCAGUGUCUUGAUGGAGAGGCUCUGUAAAGAGGGGAGGGCAGCCACCACCUCCAUAGCUUAUGCCAAGCUCAUGCUGACCGUGAUAACCAAGUACCCAGCUAAUAUCACUGAGACCCAGAAGCUGGGCCUGGCUGUGGCCCUAGAGCCCAACACCACCUUCCUGAGGAAGUCUCUGCAGGCUGCCCUGAGACAUCUGACUCCCUGAUCAUCUACCAGGAGACCACCCAACUGGAAAUCCAUCACCAGCUUCCUGAAGGACAUUUCUACUGUCACCAUCUUGCCCUGACCCCUUGCCUGGGAGUAAAGACUGAGCCUGGCCAUCCCAGGGACCAAUUGCCUCCCUGUGCCAGGCUGCAGAGAGGCCAUCUUGGCCUCCCAGCCAGCGGGGGGCUCCUGGGCUAAGAGGACUGAAUGCACUAUAUUUUCACGGGCUGAAAUAAUUUAUCCGUGGUAUUUAAUAAAG